CCCUUUCAUCAUUCUUAAGGGACAAUUUUAAAUUAAUCCUUCCCACGGAUCCCUAAUCUAAUGGGGAUUAUCCAAUUUCUCUAAUCCACUAAUUGGCUUCCACAUUUUCUCAACUCUCCCCCCACUUGGAGCUGCAGCAGGCAGGGUAUAUAAAUUCUUCUGGGCAAACAGAUCCUUUCAAUCAAAUCAUUCCUUCAAGCAAAAACAAGAAAUAAAAGGAACCCACCUAUCUCCUGAAAACUUGAAUCCGAUGGCAUCCACGACGGCGCGUCCACUUCUCCUCCUGGCUUCCGCCGUUGUUCUCGCCUCUUUCCUGGCCACCGCCGCUCACGCCUCCGGUCUCUUCUCCACCCUCCCCAAAACCCUCGUCGUCACUGCUUCCCCAACUCCAGGUCAAGUUGUGAAGGGAGGAGAGGACAAAAUCAAGGUCACGUGGGGAUUGAACAAGAGCCUGCCAGCUGGCACCGACGACAAGUACAAGACCAUCAAGGUGAAGCUGUGCUACGCGCCGGUGAGCCAGAAGGACCGGCCCUGGAGGAAGACCGUGGACCAUCUCAACAAGGAUAAGACCUGCCAGUUCAAAAUCGUGGCCAGACCUUACGCCGGAAAUGACAGCAUCGAGUGGACGGUGGAGAAGGAUGCCCCGACCGGCAUGUAUUUCGUACGCGUCUACGCUUUUGACGCCGUGGACGGAGAACUCGGGUACGGGGAGACCACGGAUGCGAAGAAAACCACUAACCUGUUUCAGGUGGAAGCAAUCAGCGGCCGCCACGCCACCCUCGACAUCGUCUCCAUAUGUUUCAGCGUUUUCUCGGUUGUCUCGCUCUUUGGCUUCUUCUUUAACGAGAAGAGGAAGGGGAAGGCCGAAUCCAAGUGAGGGGAAAGCAAAUCAACCAAACAACGUAUGGUUGAUGUGUGUAGGGAACACAUAAAACUGGCGAUUAGUAAUAUCAUUUCUCGCUUAUUAUUAAAUUGUUCUAUAUGUUUGCCAGUUUUUUCCCCCUUUUUUCUGUUGAUUUUCCUUUUUUCUUCUCCCUUUUAGUUGCUUAAGACUUGACUCUUGAGAGAGUGGCAUAUGACAUGAGAGAUGUAAGACGGGUCGGGUGUGGAAGACGGAAGGAUGAAUGAGAACCUAAUACUUAAAAUGUUUGACUUUGUUUAGUUGACAAAAAGAGAGAUCUCAUUGGAUACAUUUUCUCUUUUUUGAAUGACAGUAGAGAAAAAAGUCAC